CUCAUCACAUAAUGCUUUACAGUGGUUUCAGGCGCUCUCGGCUAACCUGACCGUUUAACUCACCGUGGAGACGCUUUAUUUUCAGUGGACACUAAAGGCUACCUUAGAGGAACGGAGGAGAGAUAACGGGAUUUAUUCUGUUCUGAAACCCAGCAGCCAUGGGAGCUGUUCUGGGGGCAUUUUCCUUCGCAAGCUGGGUGCCAUGCCUGUGCAGCAGUGCUACCUGCCUGAUGUGUAGCUGCUGUCCGAGCAGCAGAAACUCCACAGUGACCAGGAUCAUCUAUGCCUCCAUCAUGCUGUUAGGCACCAUUGUUGCCUGCAUCAUGCUGUCACCGGGUGUGGAUCAGCAGCUCAAAAGGAUCCCGGGCUUCUGUGAGGAUGGGGCAGGCUCGUCUAUCCCCACCCUACAGGCUGAUGUCAACUGUGAAAUGUUUGUGGGCUACAAGGCAGUGUACCGUAUCUGCUUUGGCAUGAGUAUGUGGUUCCUGGGGUUUUCCAUUCUCAUGAUAAACAUUAAGAACAGCAGAGACCCUCGUGCUGCCAUCCACAAUGGAUUUUGGUUCUUUAAGUUUGCUGCCUUGGUGGCAAUUACAGUUGGUGCCUUUUACAUCCCAGAAGGGCCUUUCACCUACACAUGGUUUGUUAUAGGCUCUGGUGGAGCUUUCUUUUUCAUUCUGAUCCAGCUGGUGCUGUUGGUGGACUUUGCCCACUCCUGGAAUGAGUCCUGGGUUGACAAGAUGGAGAGUGGCAACUCCAGAGGCUGGUAUGCAGCUCUGCUGGCUGUCACAAUCCUGAACUACAUCCUGUCGUUAACGGCAGUUGUGCUGUUCUUUGUCUUCUACACCAAACCUGAUGGGUGCUUUAUCAACAAGUUCUUCAUCAGCUUCAACAUGUUGCUCUGCAUCGCGGCCUCUAUUGUGUCAGUGCUGCCUAAAGUCCAGGAGUCUCAGCCUCGUUCAGGUCUGCUGCAGUCCUCCUUCAUCACCUUGUACACUAUGUUUCUAACCUGGUCUGCCAUGACCAAUGAGCCUGACCGAGCAUGCAACCCCAGCCUGCUGAGUAUUUUCCACCAGAUCGCAGCCCCAUCCCCAGCCCCUCUAGAGAUUGAGAACCAGACAGCUGUGGUAAUCAUUGGGACAGAAGAACCUGUCCAGACAUCGCCAUACCUGCAGUGGUGGGAUGCUCAGAGCAUCAUGGGACUCAUAAUAUUUAUCUUGUGCAUCCUGUAUUCCAGCAUUCGUUCAUCCAGCAACAGUCAGGUUAACAAGCUGACCAUGGCAUCCAAAGACUCAGUCAUACUGGCUGAGGGGGGCAGCACAGCUGAGCUGUCAGAGGAGUCAACAGGGCCCAGACGGGUGGAGGACAAUGAGCGGGACAUGGUCCAGUACAGCUACUCCUUCUUCCACUUCAUGCUCUUCUUGGCGUCACUUUACAUCAUGAUGACCCUCACUAACUGGUACAGUCCCGACACAGACUACACCAUAACCAGUAAGUGGCCAGCAGUCUGGGUGAAGAUUACCUCCAGCUGGGUGUGUUUGGCUCUGUACAUCUGGACACUGGUGGCCCCCAUGAUCCUCACCAACCGAGACUUCAGCUGAGCAGUCUCUCUCCCUCCACAGUGUGCGCUACAAACCUCAUUUUUUUUGUUUUUACAUAAAAUUUGUCAAAGAUGCCUACAUUCUACUGUCGAGAUGGACUCAGGCUUUAAACUGUUCGCUGGAUUCUGAUUGAAUUAAAUGUUUCCGAAGUGCCAAAACAGUUGUUGUCAAAUAAGUUUUGAAAUCAAACCUUUUUGAAUUUUUGUUAUAUAUUUUAAAAGAUAAUUUCAUUUUUUGCUGUAACAACAAUUUAUGAUAAAUGCUUAGUUAAAGAAUGAAUACUUUCAAUUAGGGCUGCAACGAUUCAUUGAGUAACUUGUAUAAUUCAGUGAUAAAAUGGUAAAUGGACUAGUUCUUAUAUAGCGCUUUUCUACUCAAUCAGAGCACUCAAAGCGCUUAUACAACCUGUGCAUUCACCCAUGCACUCCCAUUCAUACAAGCACUUCCAUUU